AUAUAAUUUGAGUUGAACAGAACAGAUUUAUCUCACAGGGAGAGGGAGACAACAACAUGUGCAUGUUAGAAUAACACACACCAUGCAUGUAAACUACUCACACUCAAACCAUGUGUUUACAUCUUAUAUAGGUACCUGGUGAACCCUAGUUUCUGCACAAAACGAGAAACUUUACAGCUUACACCAUGACUGCUCUUGCCUUUACACCUAUUCUCAUGCUGUUGCUCUUGGUUGCCAGUCUUCCCACUUCCCUUUCUCAGGACCCUAUCACCCCAGGACCAACCGUAUCCGACUGUAGCCCACGUCUGGUGGCUUUCAUGCCAUGUGCACCAUUUGUGCAAGGCAAUGCUCCGAGACCAGCGCAGUCCUGCUGUGACAAUCUCAAUCAGCUCUAUGGACUGCAGCCUGGUUGUCUUUGUCUCCUCCUCAAUGACACCACUUUAAGUGCUUUUCCCAUAAACAGGACUCUUGCACUGCAGUUACCUGUUCUUUGCAAGCUCCAAGCUAACAGCUCUUCUUGCUCAGGGUUGCCUUACCCUUCGGGUUCAUCUGGUUCUCAAGUUUCUCUAGGGACAAAUCAUAACUCUUCUGUCGCUGCUUCUUCUCCCAUGGGGAACCCAAAUGUUCCAAUGGCACCAAGACCAAGCAUCAUGGGGUUGGGGUUUGGCCGGAGCAAGGCUGGAAGAUUGAAGGCAGAAGGCCUCUUAGCAAUGGUGGCUGCUGCUGUUAUUCUGUUUUCAAGACUCGUGCUUCCAUACUUUUGACUUUGGUUAACAAAGUGUUGUUUCUUAGGUGUAUUUAUAGUUUUGAGCAAGUUAUUUAUUGGAACAAAGUUUAUCUAUUUGGGAAUGAUACAUAUGCUUGCAAUGGUUAAUGUU